UGCGGCGCAUGCGCGGGCAGACGGCGGUGUUCGGAGCCAGCGCGGAGCCGGAGCAGCCUCGGCAGAAGCUCCUGGACUCCGCCGGGACCGCGGUGGUGCAAGCUCCUCGCCUCGGCCGCCGCAGCCGCCAGCCGCCAGCCGCCGCCGGGGGAGCGAACGCCUAUUGUCUUCUCCGCGACGAAGGUGCGGAGCUGCUCGGACUCGGCCCGCGGGGGAGCCCCGGGCGCCGCACGUGUCCUGGGUCAUGAAACUUAAACCACAGCAAGCUCCAUUAUAUGGCGACUGUGUUGUUACUGUACUGCUUGCUGAAGAGGACAAAGUCGAGGAUGAUGUAGUAUUUUACUUGGUGUUUUCGGGUUCCACCCUGCAUCACUGCACAAGCACUCGCAAGGUCAGCUCCGAUACGCUGGAGACCAUCGCUCCUGGUCACAACUGCUGCGAGACCGUGAAGGUGCUGCUCUGUGCGUCCAAAGAGGGCCUCCCCGUGUUUGUGGUGGCCGAGGAAGACUUUGAGUUUGUCCAGGAUGAGGCUUACGAUGCGGCCCAGUUCCUGGCAACCUGUGCCGGGAACCAGCAGGCUCUGAACUUCACCCGCUUCCUGGACCGGUCCGGACCCCCAUCUACAGAUGUGAACUCCCUGGACGAGAAGGUUGCCCUGGCGUUCAGACACCUCAAGCUGCCGGCAGAGUGGAAUGUGUUGGGGACAGAGCAGACUUUGCAUGAUGGUGGCCCCCGGGAGACAUUGAUGCAUUUUGCUGUGCGGCUGGGCCUGCUGAGGUUGGCGUGGUUCCUGUUGCAGAAGCCAGGUGGCCGCGGAGCUCUCAGCAUCCACAACCAGGAAGGGGCGACCCCUAUCAGCUUGGCCUUGGAGCGGGGUUAUCACAAGCUGCACCAGCUUCUAACUGCGGAGAAUGCUGGAGAACCAGACUCCUGGAGCAGUUUGUCCUACGAAAUACCUUAUGGAGACUGUUCUGUGAGGCACCAUCGAGAGCUGGACGUCUACACGUUAACCGCCGAGUCCCAGGCACACGACGAACACCCGCUUCCUGGAGACCGUUGCACUGGACAUAUUUUUAAACUUAUGAACAUCCAACAGCAGCUAAUGAAAACAAACCUCAAGCAGAUGGACAGCCUGAUGCCUUUAAUGGUGACAGCAGACGGUCCCUCAGGCCUGCCCACUGCCCAGAAUACAGACGGGCAGUGUCUUUCCUGCGCGCCCAUGUCCCCAGACGGCCAGCAACUUUCUCCCCCUCCUGCAGAUCCUGGGUGCCCUCCGUGCUGCUCAGGGAGCACUGCUGGGCAGAUUGAAAGUGCCUCUGACCUGUCCCAAGUGGGUAAGGAAGAGAAAAAAGACUGUGUCUCUAGGAAAAAAAAGAAAGGAGAGGAGAAAAAAGAAGAGGCGGAGCCAACUCUUACUGUGGACUCUGGAACUGUGUCUGAUCCCGGCAGCUGCCCUCAGAGCAUGUCUGAGUGUGGGGGGAGGGGCACAGGAGGCCUUCCAUCCCGUGGAAUCAGAGACGAAGAGACUGGAGUGAACCCUGCUGCAGUGGCCACAGACCAGGCGUCUGCGCGCGGUACAGACGGUGUCCUGCCGGGGGUCAUGAUCCUGGAGCCAGGCACGGCCCCACAUGGCUCUGGAGGUGAACUAGUAGUCGGUUCAGCAGGUGCCAGUGCCCCAGAGACUAAGACUGCAGGGCUGCCAGAGCGUGGCCUUCUGACCCCGGAGACCACCACCCAGAAGGUUAUGCCUGAAGUCGAGGAAAGUACAAAGGAAGCGUUGGAGAACUCUACUGUCAGCACAGCUGCAGCCUCUGAGGCGACAGGCACAGGCACCAGCAUGCCUGUGGAUAACGCCACUGUCCCCACCUGUGCCUCUGCCACCAGCUCCCCGGGGGACCACAAACCUGCUGAGUCUUCACUUGCAGUUAGUAAUGGAGAAAACUCCAUUGAAAAAACGGCAGAAACUGAAACUUCAAGAAGUUGUAAAGAGGGCGCUGGUGCUCUUGUAGCUCAGAACCCUUUGAUCAACCCAGCUGCUGCAAAAGACAAGACUUUUGAUGGGCCUGAACCUGGCGCUCCCUUAGCAAACCCAUGUGAGGCGGUGUCACCCUCAGAUGUAACCUUUUCCAGGCUACAAAAAGAGGUUAUGCCAAGCCAGAAAUCAGACACGAAUUCAUCUCGUGUUCAGAGCCCAAACAGCAAAUCACCAAUCUGUUAUACAACUGGUAACGAUGAACUUUGUGCUGCCUCUGCAUGGCAGCAAGGAAUAGUGACUUCUAGUGGUGCGUUGGCAGCAGGACAUCCUGGUGACUCAGCUACCCCGUCUGGCAGCACCCCCGCAGGACCGCCCAGCACACAACAUCCACCUACUGUCUGCUCUGAAGGCCCACAGGCUAGCACAGCCACCCCUGACCCUGGAAGAGACACCCAGGAAGAUGUGGGGUUUUGUCCUCUCCAAGUUCCGGGUAAAGAGGGCCAAGGAAGAGAUUGGAGGUUAGAAACAUCUUUAACAAACAUACCCGUGGCGGUUCCACCUCCACAUGCCGUUGUCCCCAAAGCUGAGAAAGAACCAGGACCAGGCCCGGCAGUGACAUCAGGCAGGACUUUCUCUUUGGCAAGCAGUCCAAGCAGUGAAUCAGUAACCAAAGGUGACGCACUGUCUCUUGUCCCCUCCCAGAAAGAAAAGGGAACAGCAACCCCUGAACCACAUAGAGAUUGUAGAGAUGGCCGAGAUUCGAAUGAUCCAGAAAAGCCACCGCUAGAAGCCAGUACAGCAGGCCUGCCUGCCUCCUCCCCUGCCCUGGACCUCCAGCCCAGCAUGGGGAACAGCCUCUUAGGAUUUGGUGGGGAGCCCGGGGAGCCCUGCCUCUCAGCAGCUCCUGAAGGUCUGAAUAUCGAGGGGACCACUGACUCGUCCAUACUGCAUGUGGGUAAGGCCCCUUUGGUCCCUGAUUCCAGUUUGGCUGAUGAAGGAAAAAAUCUGGUGGUUCUAGAAAGCUCUGCAGCUCGGGGAAAAGAUGACAAGGUCAAAGCAGUGAUUUGUUCCUCCAUUAAGGAUGACAGUCUUUCUUCAGGAACGUUUCAGGAAGAGCAGAGAGUAGCCCCGCCUGGACACGAGGCACCAGGCAUCUGCGGAGAGCCUAGCUCAGCUGCCUGUGCUGAGGACAAAGCACUGGAACCCUGUGCUACACAGGGCACACCCUUGGCCUGUCUGAACUCAGAAACCAAACACAGCAAGGAAGUGGCCCCACCAGUCUCACUGCUGACUGAAGGUGGGGCUGCACAGAGCCUGGUGCCUCCAGGAGCAAGUCUGGCUGCAGACUUGAGCCACGAAGCCCGGGGUGCAGAGCGCAGCAGCUCACCUCUGCUGCAAGGUGGGUCUGAAGCUCUCACUUGCAAUGGAUCUUUGGCUCUGGAUGUUGGAGUGAAAAACACUCAGUCCCAGGGAAAGAGCCCUGCUUGUGAGGUGAGUGGAAAUGAGCCGGCGGAUGUGCCAGUGGUUGAUGCUCUGCAAGGGGCUGCUAGGGCCGUACGGGAUUCAUCAUGCAAUGCUCAAGGCCUCCCGACUCCCGAAGUCUCGUUGAGCCAGGAGAAGAAUGCAGUCCGGGGUUUGCCAGGCGCUGUGCCAGACAAAGGUGUGACUGACCUCCAUCGCGCUGCGUCCCUGGAGAUGGUGCCUCUCGGUUGGGAGAAAGCGAGGCUGGAGGGAGCUGACCGAAGCUGCAGCUUGGGUGACUGCGAACAGGCGCACGUGGAUGAUGAUGAUGCACGUCACGUCCCUCUACAGCCUGUUGCCGAAGAGCUCCCUGCAGAGACGGGGCCCUCACCCAGUGAUGACAGGGCCCCGAGCAGCGAAGGGGGUGGUCCCCCUCCGCCUUGCACUGUGUCUGCCGAAGCAGGGACUCUGCCCACGCAAGCUGACUUGAUCGAGGAAGCUGCAAGUCGCAUCGUGGAUGCCGUCAUAGAACGAGUCAAGGCCUCAGGAACCCUGUUCACGGAGGGGAACAUCAGUCACAUGUCACCGUCCAGUCCUGAGCCGGGCCCAGGGACUGAGCAGCUGGGGAGUGCUUUCCUGCCUGGGGAGACCCCCCACGCGGGCAGUGUUGGUGAAGCGGCCCCUGGCAACCUUGCAGGACCUCCUGCCGGAAGGGAGGAGCCACAGAAGAUGUCCCAGCCUGUCCGAGGACCAGAGCCGGCCACAGAAAUGCCAGACACAAAAGCUGAUGAUGAAGUGGAUUUUCUGAGUAAUACCAGGGAGAAUGCAGUUUCUGAGGAGGUGGCUAGAGGAGACACGGCCAGUACGCCUAAGAUGACGAGACAAGGCCCGAAGACUGAGGCGAUAAACCGAGAAAGCUGGUGCGCAAUAGAGCCGUGCCCCGACGCCACGUCGCUCUUGGCCCCCACACAGAGCCCAGAAUGUGAAAACUUCCUGGAUGUUGGACUGGGUGAACAGUGUGCUUCCAAACAGGGUGUGCUUAAAAGAGACUCUGGGAGUGACUCUGACCUCUUUCACUCACCCAGUGAAGACGUGGACAGGAUCAUCUUCUCCAAGCCCGAGGAAGAGCAGUCGGUCUGUGACGUCACCGGGUCCAGUUCCUCCACUGAUGACACAGCGUCCCUGGAUCGACCUUCUUCUCAUGGCAGCGAUGUGUCCCUUCCCCAGAUUUCAAAUCUGAACAGUUCUUCUUUGAAGGUUUCAAAUUUGAUUUUUCCUUCUUCCAAACCCUUGGGAGGAGAAGAUUCACGGCCUUUCCACAACACGAGUGCUAACCUGACGGAGAGUAUCACAGAAGAGACCUAUAAUUUCGGGCCACAGAGCCCCUCCAAGAAAGAUUUUGAAGGGAAGAGUGGAACAAAAGUCAGCCGUACUUUCAGCUACAUCAAGAAUAAAAUGUCCAGCAGUAAGAAGAGCAAGGAAAAGGAAAAAGAGAAAGAUAAAGUUAAAGAGAAGGAGAAAGAUGCUAAAGAGAAGGAGAAGGACAAGAAGAUUCUCAAUGGCCACUCCUUCAGCUCCAUUCCUGUUGUGGGUCCCAUCAGCUGCAGCCAGUGCUCGAAGCCUUUCAGCACCAAAGAUGCCUACACUUGUGCAAAUUGCAGUGCUUUUGUCCAUAAAGGCUGUAGAGAAAGUCUGGCCUCCUGUGCAAAGGUCAAAAUGAAGCAGCCCAGAGGAAGCCUUCAGGCACAGGACACGUCGUCUCUGCCCACAGUCAUCAUGCGAAACAAGUUAGGUACAGACAUGAAUGAAGGACAGCUAAUGGGAGACUUUGAGGUGGAAUCCAGACAGCUGGAAGCAGAGUCCUGGAGUCGAGUAGUAGACAGCAAGUUCCUGAAACAGCAGAAGAAAGAUGUGGUCAAGCGGCAAGAAGUGAUCUAUGAGCUGAUGCAGACGGAGCUCCACCACGUCCGCACGCUCAAAAUCAUGAGCGACGUGUACAGCCGGGGGAUGAUGACGGACCUGCUCUUCGAGCAGCAGAUGGUGGAAAAGCUGUUCCCCUGUUUGGACGAGCUGAUCAGCAUCCACAGCCAGUUCUUUCAGAGGAUCCUGGAGCGGAAAAAGGAAUCGCUGGUGGAUAAAAGCGAAAAGAACUUCCUCAUCAAAAGGAUAGGGGACGUGCUUGUAAACCAGUUUUCAGGUGAGAACGCUGACCGCUUAAAGAAGACAUAUGGCAAGUUUUGUGGGCACCACAACCAGUCCGUGAACUACUUCAAAGACCUUUAUGCCAAGGAUAAGCGUUUCCAGGCCUUUGUGAAGAAGAAGAUGAGCAGCUCAGUGGUGAGGAGGCUCGGCGUCUCGGAGUGCAUCUUGCUGGUAACCCAGCGGAUCACCAAAUAUCCCGUUUUGUUCCAGAGGAUACUGCAGUAUACCAAAGACAAUGGCGUGGAGCAGGACGACCUGGCCCAGUCCCUGAGCCUGGUGAAGGACGUGAUCAGGGCUGUGGACAGCGAAGUGGCGAGCUACGAAAAGAAAGUGCGUCUCAAUGAGAUUUACACCAAGACAGACAGCAAGUCGAUCAUGCGGAUGAAGAGCGGUCAGAUGUUCGCCAAGGAGGACCUGAAGCGGAAGAAGCUGGUGCGGGAUGGGAGUGUGUGUCUGAAGAACACGGCGGGCAGGUUGAAAGAGGUUCAAGCAGUUCUGCUUACUGACAUUUUAGUUUUCCUUCAAGAAAAAGACCAGAAGUACGUCUUCGCGUCAUUGGACCAGAAGUCAACAGUGAUCUCUUUAAAGAAGCUGAUUGUCAGGGAGGUGGCGCAUGAGGAGAAGGGCUUGUUUCUGAUCAGCAUGGGGGUGAAGGACCCGGAGAUGGUGGAAGUCCAUGCUGGCUCCAGGGAGGAGCGCGACAGCUGGAUACAUGUCAUCCAGGACACAAUCAACACACUGAACAGAGAUGAAGAUGAAGGAAUCCCUAGUGAGAAUGAGGAAGAAAAGAAAAUGCUGGACAGCAAAGCCCGGGAAUUAAAAGAACAACUGCAACAAAAGGACCUGCAGAUCCUCCUCCUGCUGGAAGAGAAGGAGAUGAUUUUCCGGGACAUGACUGAGUGCAGCACCCCCUUGUCUGAGGAGUGCUCCCCAACGCAGAGCUCUAGAAUCCUCUUCCGCUCCAACACAGAGGAGGCUCUCAAAGGAGGACCUUUAAUGAGAAGUGCAAUAAAUGAGGUGGAGAUCCUUCAGAGCUUGGUGAGUGGGAACCUGGGAGGCGCCCUCGGGCCGGCCGUCAGCAGCCCUGGGGAGCAAGAAGGCGCCGUGGGUCCCGUGUCCCUGCCACGGAGGGCAGAGACCUUUGGAGGGUUCGACAGCCACCAGAUGAGCGCAUCCAAAGGAGGCGAUAAGGAAGAGGGAGACGAUGGUCAGGAUCUUAGGAGAACGGAGUCAGACAGCGGCCUGAAGAAGGGUGGGAAUGCCAACCUGGCCUUCAUACUUAAAAAAAACAAUGAGGUCGUCCAGAGCAUCGUCCAUCUCCACGAGCUCCUUAGCACGUUGCAGCAGGACCUGGAGCGGGACCGCGACGAGCUGCAGCAGCAGAAGGGCGCCUACCAGUGUGACCUGGAGAGGCUGCGCGCGGCCCAGAGGCAGCUGGAGCGCGACCAGGAGCAGCUGAAACGGCAGAUGGAGCGCGACGCCUGUCAGGUGUCACAGCAACAUGUCAAGCUGCUGAGGAUCCCCUCCUUCUUGCCCAGCCCCGAGGAGUCCCCCGUGCCACCCGCACCUUCCGUAGCCAAAUCAGGGUCAUUGGACUCAGAACUCUCAUUGUCCCCAAAAAGGAACAGCCUCUCUCGGACACAGAAAGAUAAGGGGCCUUUUCACAUACUGAGUUCCACCAGCCAGACCAGCAGAGCCCCGGAGGCACCGAGCCCGGCCCCGGUGUCCGCCCUCUCCUCCUCCACACGCCUGUUUGGAUUAGCAAAACCCAAGGACAAGAAGGAGAAGAAGAAGAAGAGCAAAGGCGGCCGCUCUCAGGCCGGUGAUGGCCCUGUGUCGGAAGUGCCCCCAGAGGGUGAAGAGAUCUUUUGCUGACGCCUUCCCUCCUCUGGCCGUGGCACCAGCCCCGCUGCCCUGCCGUCCCUGCGUGCCCACUCUCUUACGCGGACACCCGUGCCCGUCAAGCGUCCGCUCUGUGCUGUGCCAGCUCCUGGGCCAGACGAACAAAUGGUCCCGAGCGCCAGGGUGGGUAAGGAGGCCCCGGAUUGGUGACUGCUGAUGACUUGGGGGUCGGGGCCGGCCCCACUGAGGGUGUCACACUGAAAGUGGUGGCCCCAGAAGCCCAGGCAAUGAUUUUGGACAAGUCAGGAAUUCCUGAAAGCUGAAAGCAUGUUUCCAAGUGAGGUAUGAGACGCUGGCUGCCUUUCAUUUGGGGGAACACCACCCAGAAUCCUACGGCAGGUAGUUUGGACUCUGUGGGGGUACAUAUACAGUAACCCAUCUGCACAGCCACGUGGGGUACGGCAGAGUUAUGCAGUGUGUCCCAGACGCCUGGUCAGCUGAGCUCGGCACAGGAGGCACCGCCUGGCCCUGCUCGGAUGGCAUCUCACCUGCUAGGCCUCACCCCUCUCUGCGCACAUCCCUUCCCUCCCCAUCCACACCUCACCCCUUUUUUGCAUGUAUCUCAUUUCAUUUUAGAAGGGAUGACAAACAUUUGUAAAAACCAGUGAGGGAAAGCUUUAAAAAGCAUACGAUCUGCACCACCUUGAUUUUGGUGUUUGUCACACGCACACACACAAAAUCUAAUUUAAUUGUUCAAUCCCAGAAGAAAUCCUAUGGUGACUUUCUAAGAUGCGUGCCCGCAUAUUCUGGGCACAGGUGAAGUAGAAAGGCCUCCUCACUGUGACCCCUGCCACGUGACACUUUUUGGUUGUCACUGACCAUUCAGAAGUGGCCACAGCCUCCUGGCAAUAUUCCUGAGACCUCAUGGUGGCUCUCCAAGGGAAGCAGCUCCUGCCUGGCCCUCCCUGUGGGGCCCGCGGGCACCAUCCACAGCACCACUAGGGCCACCUGCUUUCCCUGCAGCGACAUUGUCCCCACCCCUGUACUAACUAGGACACCUGGCCGAGCAGCAGAUGGAGGCGAAGGUGUUAACAGGCGAGAGAAAAGGCAGCCCAGAUAGGCGCAGCUUGGGGAGGUUCUCAUUCUGUCAGGAGGCGUCGGCAAAAUUUAGGCAAAAUUUAAUUUCUUAAACGUUUUUGAAAACCUAAAGGUCUGUUGGUUAUUGUCCUCUACCCCCUGAAGAUGCCUCAGAUGCCAUUUUAUGUUCAUUUUCUUCUCUCUCUUCUUUUUCCUACUGUGUUGUGAUCUGUAUUUGCUCGCAGCCUGUUGCCAGCUGGUAGGUACGAACGGUUCACGAGUGGCGGGUCCCUCCGAGGCCCACACACCUGCCACCCUGGCUGCUCCCUGUGAGGGGAGACCCUGGGUAAUUCUAUGCUUUACAUGUGGCCUUCGAUUCCUGCUUUUUGCCACUCGGGAGCAUGGGUCUUUGAACAUACUUCUUAAAAAAACAAAAAAAGCUGUAACUUGGUGCUUGUUGAUGAAUUGCAAGCUGGCCUUGCGCGUGGAGAUAUUUAUCUUUCAGUUUAUUUGAAAGAGGCCUGGUGUAACAUUGUUAGCUUAGAUUUGUUUUAUUUAUUGUAAGUGUGUGCGUGUGUGUGUGUGUGUGAGAGAGAGAGAGAGAGAGAGAGAGAGAGAGAACAUACCAGCCCAAACGGUUUCAACCACCUGAUCCCUGCAGAGUCAACAGCCAGCCGCUGCUCUGUUUGUCAAAGUGCCUUGAAGGCCCAAACGAAGUUAAGGCUGGAGUAGGGGUCCCUUUCGUUCCCUCCUCCCACCCCACCUCAUUCUUUGAUGAAGGGAUGUCUCACUUGAGAGUUAAGCAGCUUGCCACCUGUGAGCAAUAUUUGCCUGUUUUUGUCACGGUGAUGUCUUACCCUUCAGUAAUAGACUUUAGAAACAGAACAAGCUGGUUUUCUGUUGAAACCGUGAUAUGCCCCCCUCCCUAACUCCCAAAGACCCUAAACAGCGAAAAAGCUAAGUUGCUUCCUUCAACUGAUCCCCCAGCAGCUCCAUCCUGGCUUUUCUCAGAGCCAUGUGGCGCUCAGCUGUGUGUCCUAUUACUUGCUUAAGUUACCCCGAGACUUGACGUCCCCCUGAGAAGCGCUCUGCUAGAAAGGAAGGCCCUGGCGAAUGCAGACCCGCGUCCUUCCUGCUCUGGGCCCAUGUGAGCCAGGCUGCCCUGUGCUCUGCGCUUGGAACAGGGAGGGCUUCGUGCCAACGAGAUUUACUGUCACAUAUGCUCGUCACAGAAGCGCCGUGGACACAGAUCUGUACUUGGCUGCACAGCUAGAUUUCAGUUUCAAAGUGUCUGUUACUCCCAACUAUAAUAUUUAAGUUGCUUUGGUGGUCUUGGUGGCAGCUUCUAUAAAUGGAGAUUUCGCCCACACCCACUUAGAUUUGGUCAGCUUGUGGUUGGACAGGUUUAGACUCAGAAUCAGGAAGUAGGCUCCUGCUUUGCCCAAGCCGCCCACUGCCCCCCAGAACGCCGUCUGCAGGCCGAGGAGAGCCGCUUCCCAGGCCGUGCUUCUCUGCACCUCUCGUCAUCUCCCAAUUUGGGAACUGAACUCUGGGCUGUCACUGCUGUGCUUGGGGCGCUCCCUGGAUUGUUCCUGCCGUGCUUGUGACCUUGACAACUGCCUGGCCGCUGAGUCAGCCCUGUCUGGGUGUCUGUCCUGUAAGAAGGGGCUGUCUUCCAGGGUGGCUCAGAUUCAAUUCCCCGUGGGGUCCCCACACCAGGAAGCCAUGCUUCGCCAUCACGCUCAAGAAAUCUGAUGCCCCGCAUUGUUUCAGUUUUGUGGGGACCGAUGGAGAUACCAUCCAGAGUCCCCAGGUUUCUGUAUCUUCUCCCCAUUGUAUCAUCUCAGUAGUUGUCCUCCUAAUUGGGUGGCUUGUGCACUUUACAUGCUGUCAUCGGCUGGCUUCAGUUUUUGUGACAAUCAACUAUGUCAACUGUUUGCUUCUUUAUAAAUGGAAAGGGUGACAAAACAUGCAAAUUGACCCACAUUCAGCCUCGGCCAACAGUCCAUCCUCGACCCCAGUGAAAGAUCUCUGUGGGCAAGAAAUCCAUAGCAAGAUAUUUUUUGAGAAGGUACGAAACUUACCUUUUUUCCUCUUAAGUCUCAGGGGAAUACCACUGAAAGCUGUCCUCUUGCUCCCUUAUUUGUCACCCUCCCAAGCCCCUGGCCCUAGCAGUAGUGAGCACAAAAGUUUUAGACCCUUGGGGUUUGUUGGACCUUUAUGCGGGGGAGGGGUACAGCGUGUAGGGGCUCAGAAAAUAGGCUUCACCUUAAAUACAAGGCAGAACCGUAUCUAUAACCUUAGAAGCCAGAGCUUGAUCUGGGAAUUGCUGUUCACGGAGGUACUUGGUGUUCCAUCCUUUUGUCUCUGAGGUUCUUUUUCUAAAGUCUGUUCUUUCUCCCCAAGGAUGUUGGCAUUGGCAUGGGAGCAGCAGCUUACUCCGGUGUUGAUGGGUAGCCACUUGUGCCCAGAGGACAGCCAAGCCCUAGGAGGGGGAUUAGAGAGACGGUCCUGGUGAGCGGGCUCCAGGGGCCAGAAAGAGGGUUAUUUGGAGGGGACACGACCAAAGGGCAUCGACCCCCUUGGAACGUGGAAGCCCAGAAAUAACCCUAUAGAUGAACCUGUGCAGAGGUGAGAGAGAGGUGUGCGCCCCGCCUUCCUUCAGCAGGACUGUUCUAACACACGACUGGGGGUUCGGGUCCCAACCCAGCGCUGUUGCUCUUAAUAUACCCCCCCGAGACAAGGAAAAAGGGCAGAGUCUGUGUCGGUUUGGCUCUCCCUGUUUCUUUCAGGGCAGCAUAACAUUCCCAGUUAAGCAGAGCUUUGGAAUCUGCCUGCUGGCCAGGUGUGAAAAGGGAAAGCAUUUUAAUGUUACCAAAAAAAGGGGGUGGGGGGUGGGGAGACAAAACAAGGGCUUCUUUCCAUAUCCUUAUCUAAUUUAAUUUGUCAAAGGACAGGCCUUAUUUCUCCAUCUUGUCAAAAGAUGGACAGGCCUUGAGUUAUUUCUCCAUCUCGCUAAGGUUUAAAGAUGUACAAACCCAACUGGUGGGUCUCUGCUGCCACAGGCCAUGCCGACCUGCUCCACACACCCUCUCUGAGCCCUGCGGGGGGUGGGGGGCUCACUGCCUCUGUGCCCCCCAGGGCUUCACCCCUCUUGAAUUCCUCCUUUUGCAGCCUCCUGACAGGAUGGGUCGCGCGAGCUCACUGACGGGGCCCUGCCCUGUGGUCACGGUUCGGCCUGUGGUUUCCUACGUGUCACUGACCCCAUGGGGGGAGGGGCGCGGGGAGCCAGCAGGACCGACAGGAGGGUGAUUCUGUACCUCAUAACCUCUGCUUUCAUUCAUUUUCUCAAACGCUGUAUGAAUAUUUCUGUGCUAAAUCUUAUUAAAUAAAAUGGGGGUUAAACCCCAGAUGCUGUACAUUGAUUUGUAAUUAUGUAUAAAGUAAAGCAGUUUCGAACUGUAAAGAUUUUUUUCAGUGUGUUUUCUGGAAAUUUUCCCACAACAUACUGGCUUUGUAUUUUAUUUAUCUUCCUGUCUAGUUAUUGGUUUCAGAUUCUUGUAAAGUCCCCCUCGACCCUUCCAAAAAAAUAAAUGUUCUUUACAUCUUGA